AUGGCUCAAAAGAAGUUGCAGGGAAAGGGAGAGAAUGAAGCGAAGCCGCUGCCACUGAUUGGAAGGUUUGGCACUUCAUUGAAAAUAGGAAUUGUUGGCCUGCCUAAUAUUGGGAAGUCAACCUUUUUCAACGUGUUGACAAAGAGUCAGGCGGCAGCAGAACAUUUCCCCUUCUGCACCAUUGACCCAAAUGAAAGCAGAGUGCCCAUUCCAGAUGAACGCUAUGAUUUCCUCUGCCAAUUCCACAAACCUCACAGCAAAGUUCCAGCUUUCCUUAAUGUCGUGGACAUUGCUGGCCUGGUGAAAGGCGCUCAUGCUGGUCAAGGCCUGGGAAAUGCCUUCCUGUCCCACAUCAGCUCCUGCGAGGGCAUCUUCCACCUGACACGUGCUUUUGAGGAUGAGGAUAUCCUCCAUGUUGAGGGAACAGUGGACCCAGUGAGGGAUAUGGAGAUCAUCCACGAAGAGCUGAGGCUGAAGGAUGAGGAGAUGAUCGGCCCUAUUAUUGACAAGCUGGAGAAGAUGGCCAUUAGAGGCGGUGACAAGAAACUCAAACCAGAAUAUGACGUUACGUGCAAAAUCAAGAGCUGGGUUAUAAAUGAAAAGAAACACGUCCGCUACUAUCACGAUUGGAACGUCAAGGAGAUCGAAGUGUUGAACAAAUACUUGCUUUUGACAUUGAAACCAAUGAUUUACCUCGUUAACCUCUCUGAGAAAGACUACAUCAGGAGAAAGAACAAAUGGUUGGUGAAAAUCAAGGAGUGGGUGGACAGCCAUGACCCCGGAGCCUUGGUCAUCCCCUUCAGCGGCAGCCUGGAGAGCCAGCUCCAGGACCUGAGUGAAGAGGAGCAGCAGAAGCACUGCACCGAGCACAAGACGCAGAGUGCCCUGAGCAGGAUCAUCAAGGCAGGCUACGCAGCCCUGCUACUGGAGCACUUCUUCACCACUGGACCAGAUGAGGUCCGUGCAUGGACCGUUCGGAAAGGAACUAAGGCUCCACAGGCUGCGGGGAAGAUCCACACAGACUUUGAGAAGGGCUUCAUUAUGGCGGAAGUAAUGAAAUUCCAGGAUUUUAAAGAGGAAGGCAGUGAGAACGCUGUCAAGGCGGCAGGGAAAUACAGACAACGGGGAAGAAACUAUGAAGAUGGAGACAUCAUCUUUUUCAAGUUUAACACACCGAAUGCACAAAAGAAAAUUUGACACAAAAAGAAUAUAUUUGUUUACAUAAUGACAGUGCUUGUUACCCCUUUUUUUCUUCUCUUGGCCUGAUACCCACUGCCACACACUCACGUUCUGUAGGAUCAAAUCCCCUCUGAUCCAAAGCACAGGUUCAGUAAACUCUGACAGCUUUGCUAUUUAAGAUCAGGAUCGGCCCCCACUCCAAAUUGUAGCAGAAUUUGAAGGAGCAUAUUACUCUCCAGAUACCUCAUUAAUCUCCAUCACGGGUGCCAGCACUGACACAGCUGACAGCGGGGACAAUGCCACCUGCUCUUCUCCCCCUGCUGCAGAUAAUGCAUGUUUUA